AUGUUCUAUACUAACUUGAAUGAGGAAGAAAAAGCACAACUAAAAAAAUUCGCCAAAACAAGUGCUUCAAACUUCUCACUUACAGAUAAUGAAGCAGGAGAACUUUUCGGCAAGCUGACUGGUCUGAGGGAUGUAAUCAAUACAAAAUUGGAUGCUAUGCAACCGGAAAGUCGGCGCUUCAUUGAAAAUUUACUGCGACGAUUUUUGGCAGCUUUCAGUCAAGAUGGAUUAAUGAAUAUUCUUGAAGCGUUGAAGGGAUUUGGAAAAGAGGUUGUAGACAUGUUUGAUGGACUAUCAAAACCAAUUCAGAAUGAUAUUCUCAAAGCUUUUCCUAUCAUUGGAUCAUACGUUACAAGUGAUAUUACUCGUUUAAUGUUGCGGAAGUUGGCUGAAUUGGAUUUGAUCUCCAGAACAUCGACUCUAGCUCCGACCGUUGAUCACAAUAAAGGUGAUCCAGGAGAUUUUCCCAGUCCACAACUGAUCGGGCCUAAAAACCCUGGGGAUUUUGAUUCAGAUGAUAACACUGGCUUUGAGAAGGAAAAAUCAGUAACAACCACUAUGUAUCCAUCAAAUGGUAAUGAAGAAGUGUUGUCCAUCAAAAAAGUUGUGGGAAACAAAUGA